GCCGCCUGGGAGCGAGCUGCGGGCGCCGGCCGCCGGCCGCCGCGUCCGUCAGACCCAGCGGGCGAGGCUCCGCGCCCGUCCGCAGCGCGCGGCCGGCAUGGCGGCGCGGAAGAGCCCCGCGCAGGAGCGGGAGCGGCCUCGCGACCACGCCUCAGGAAAUGACCAAGUUCAUUCCUGGACACUAGUCACCAGCCAAGCCUUAGAUACCACAUGGAGAGUGGUGAAGGGGUCGGUGACGUUGGCAGUUUCAUUUCUGGCGGCCAUCCUCUGCUACUUCAGAAGGCUGCAGCUGUAUUUAGGGCACCGGCUGAAAUGGUGGAUUGGAUAUCUGCAGAGAAGAUUCAAAAGGAACCUCAGCGUGGAGGCGGAAGUUGAUUUACUCAGUUAUUGUGCAAGAGAGUGGAAAGGAGAGACACCCCAUGCCAAGCUGAUGAGGAAGGCUUACGAGGAGCUGUUUUGGCGGCGGCAUAUUAAAUGUGUUCGACAAGUCAGGAGAGACAACUAUGACGCCCUGAGGUCGGUGCUGUUUCAGAUCUUCAGCCGGGGCCUCGCUUUCCCAUCCUGGAUGAAAGAAAAAGAUAUUGUGAAGCUUCCUGAAAAACUGCUCUUUUCGCAAGGUUGUAAUUGGAUCCAGCAGUACAGUUUUGGUCCUGAGAAGUAUACAGGUUCCAAUGUGUUUGGAAAAUUACGCAGAUGUGUGGAAUUACUGAAAACACAGUGGACUGAAUUUAGUGGGAUUAAAGAUUAUCACAAGAGAGGAAGUAUGUGCAACAUCCUUUUUUCUGAUGCUCUCCUGGAAUAUAAACUUUAUGAAGCCCUGAAGUUCAUCAUGCUCUAUCAAGUCACCGAGGUUUAUGAACAAAUGAAGACCAAAAAGGUCAUCCCCAGUCUUUUUCGACUCCUGUUUACCCGGGAAACCUCAUCUGACCCCUUGAGCUUCAUGAUGAAUCACCUGAAUUCUGUCGGCGACACGUGUGGACUGGAGCAGAUUGAUAUGUUUAUACUCGGAUACUCCCUGGAAGUAAAGAUAAAAGUGUUCAGACUGUUCAAGUUUAACUCCAGAGACUUUGAAGUCUGCUAUCCAGAGGAGUCGCUCAGGGAGUGGCCGGAGAUCUCCCUGCUGACCGAGAACGACCGCCACUACCACAUUCCUGUCUUUUAAGUCAGGCUGGACUGGGCUGUAGCUCUCGCCAGUGACAGAAGUCACCCUUGCAAGUAGUGUUUCUAGAAAACCAAAGCUGGCAUUGCUGCCGUGGAAGGACUCGGGACCUCCCUCUCCAGGAGCGCAGGUACCCUGGACAGGGGACCUCAUGGUGCCUCCCUUUGUUCGCACUGGUUUCCUCCAGCGCAGCUGCAGUAAUGGGUUUGUGGGUUGGUGGUUUGCCCUUGUUUGUGAAGACUCUGGCCACUUCACACACAGUAGGGCACAAGGACAUUUAGUUUGAACAAGAACAACAACAGGAAACAAGUGAGAAGAAAACAAGUAUGGGAAAAGGACUAAAGGGAAAGAAUUUCUUUGGCUGUAACCUUUUAUGUUCUUCAUUAGGAAUCUUGUCUUUGACUGACUUGGGAUCUUCAUAAGCAUGGCCUUAUUUUAUAAGUAUUACCUUCCCAGGAAUCUCUGUGGUAUAUUGAUUUUCCAGAACCCUUUGAUUAACUUUAAAAUUGUGCGUGUGUGUUUAUACUCACAUGCACGUAUACAUGUAUAGUUUUAUAUAUACAUAUCUAAACACAUACAUACACAUAGCCACUACUUUGUAAUGUUGUACAGUUUGUUUUAUAUCUCUUUACUUUUUUUUUUUAAACUGUUGCAUCUGGCCGGUUUAAUAUGUUUUAUAUAGACCAAAAAGAUACAUUCUACAGAUUAAGGCAACUGAAUGACAAUUAUUGAACUGUCACAAAAAUAUUAAACUGGUGUAUUUAAUGUGUA